AUGUUUUUAAAAAACAAUAGAUUUCCCGAUAUAGCGCUUAUGCCUGAAAAAGAAAUGCUUAAAAAACCUCGAGGAACAUAUGAUGAAUGUUUAACAGUAGUUGAUGGUGUACCAAUUACAACAGUGUCGUGGAAAGACAAUAAAAUUGUAAAUGUUACCUCCACUUUCUUUGGCGCCCUCGAACCAACCAAAGUACGUAGAUACGAUAAAAAACAACAAAAAAAAAAUGUAGACGUUGAGAGGCCAAAAAUUAUCGAAGUCUAUAAUAAGCACAUGGGUGAUGUUGAUCUGAUGGAUUCAUUGAUAGGACGGUACAGAAUAAUAAUGAGAUCAAAAAAAUGGUACAUAAAAAUAUUUUAUCACUUAUUAGAUAUUACAGUCGUGAAUUCAUGGCUAAUGUACAAAAAAAUUACGGGCAACACAAUGCCAUUGGCCAAAUUCCGAGAACAUUUAUCUGUAACUCUUAUGCAAAGUGGAAUCGCCAAACGAGGAAAAGGCAGGCCCUCAGGUUCAUUCGAAAUACAAGAAAAUAUUUAA